CAACCCCCGAUUCCUUUUCCUAUAGCAUCUAGGAACUCUAUCAAGACCUCUUCCUGAUGCUUGCUUUCUGCUUCCACCAUGGCCCACCAAAUGGAGACUUUCGCCGCCCGUCUAGCAACCUUUGAUCUCGUCUUGCACCCGGAAACACGAAGGACUUCUACCUCCAAGUCCGCGAAACCCAUCUCUUGGCCUCAUAGCCGACCUUCUCCAGCUGAGUUGGCGCACGCAGGCUUUUUCUACAACCCCUACGAAACGAAUCCAGAUAACACAACAUGUUUCCUGUGUCGGAGAGCGCUCGACGGAUGGGAAGAAGAUGACAAUCCGAUUACGGAGCAUCUAAAACACUCGAAGGACUGUGGAUGGGCUGUUAUGACAGACAUCCAACAGCAUAGCUCGAACCCCGCCGAAAUAGAAGACCCUACUAGCGAGAGGAUAACCCAGGCCAGGCAGGCGACUUUUGGCGAUUCAUGGCCACACGAUGGCAAGCGUGGCUGGAAAUGCCAGUCAGAAAAGAUGGUUGAAGGUGGAUGGUAUUUUUGCCCAAACGAAGAGAGCAUCGACUUGGCUAGCUGUGCCUACUGCAAAUUAUCUCUGGAUGGCUGGGAACCCAAAGACGACCCAUUUGACGAACACUACCGCCGUUCCUCCGACUGCUCAUUCUUUGUUUUUGCGAAGCCUCCUGCCACCAAAGGAAAAGCCUCACGCGCCAAGAAGGGGCGCCCAUCUAAGGCCUCCUCCCGCCUCUCAACACAGUCUACCGUUUCGGAUAUUCUCGCGUCUGAUGUUGAAGAUACAAUGGACCAGAGUGUAUUGUCCCAGUCCACCAAGGCGAAAUCCACGAAAAAGUCAUCCAAGUCGAAGUCGAAGGCUACGAAAUCCAAAAAGGACGAUGUGCAAGAAACCGCUACUCAAAUGGACGUGGAUGAAGCAGUAUCUGCCCAACCGGAGCCCUCAAAACCAAAGCGCAAUACUCGAGGUAGGAAGAGAUCUAGUGCCGAGUUGGACACAUAUGUAAGGAGUAUCGCCGACGGAGAAAUCACUGAUCAACCCGAGCCACCCACGAAGAAAAGGGCCACCAAAUCCCGCACUAGCACCCAGCAGGAGCAAAGCGUUGUCAUAGGAGAUGAAAGUGAAGCUCCAGAAGAGGAAGAUCAGAAAUCGAACCGUGGAACUAAAAAGAAGAUAUCAAGGAGCCGGAAGGCGUCUACUGCUUCGGUGACAUCAAAGGCCACCUCAACUUCCCGUGUACCGCGGGACUCCGAGCUCGAUGCGGAAAUCGAGGCCGGUCUUGAUACUGACGAGCCCGACGCACGCGACAAUGAGGAAAUGGGACUUGAAAAUACUGCGUCUAAGCCGGCUUCAAAAAAGUCGAAAUCAAAGAAGAAGGCGACCAAAAAGGAGAAAGCGCCUCUGGAUGACGUUGAGAGGCCGAAGGAGCACAUCGGACCAGACACUGAUCGACAAAUGUUAGACGUGGGGGAGGUGUCUGCAGAGCAGAAGACCAAAUCAACGAAAGGAAAGAGCAAGCGCGGAAGCUCAGGAAAUACAAAUGAUGAACCAGCAAGUCAAGACGCAUCCAAAAUUGACGCGCGAUCCGAAGUACAGGCGACCAAUGACGACGAUGAUGGCGAGCAUCAUGCGUCCUUUUUAUCGGUGGAGAUCCCAUCACAACUGCCAGAGCAUUGCUCUGAUGCAGAACACAGCGACAGGGAUGCAAAGAAGAAGUCUAAGAAGAAGACCUCGUCAGAUAAAACCAAAAAAUCCAAGCAGGCUGGGAAAAGGUCUCUGGAAGCCCCUGUUGAGCCACAGAAUGCACAAGAGGAACCAUCGCAAGCUUUCUAUUUAGACACGCCCAAGCAAGAGACGCGAGAACCGAGUUCUGACCAGUCGUUCAGCCAUCGUAGGUUAUCUAAGGUACCUCCAAAGACGGCCGAGCGGUACAGUGACAUUCCUCAAGAGAAACAAUACGCCAAGUCAAUUGCGGAAUCACGGAAUCCUGAUCUUGACACCCGAUCACCUGAAGCUACCCGCUCUGAGAAGCAAGCCCAGGAGGAUGAUCCUGUUUCCCCUCUUCCGUCUCCCUUCCACGGCUCGCCGUCUCUAUCACCGCAGUCCUCCGAUGCUGAAAACCAGCCUCCUUCCCUGAAGCCCUCAUCUCAGCGGGCUCAGAUGUCCUCACCGUCGAAAAGGGCACCUGUACGGAUUCCUCUCGCAGCAAGUACACCAUCGCCUUCAAAACGCAACGUUCCGAGCGGCAGGCUUCAAACAUCUCACCCCUGGGUUCCAAUUGAUUUUGAUGAGAUCCUACUAGCCAGCGCUAGCGACAAGGAAAAUGCCAACCUCCAUGGAGCGCUGAACAAUAUAAAGGGCGAAUUAACCAGCCCCGAAAAGAAAAUGACUGUGGAGGAAUGGAUUAUGUGGAAUGCAAAGAACGGAGAGGAAAGGCUGAAACGAGAAUGCGAACGACUUGUCGGCCAAUUCGAACGAGAGGGGGCACGAGCCAUUCGUACAAUAGAGGGAAUUGAGUGCUUUGACUGAAGGAGUUCUGAGGGAUAAAGCAAAUAUUAGGAGUUACCGGAUCAAUUGGGGCCAAGGCGUUGGUUAAUAUGGUUGUCUAUUUGUUAUGCAGUGAUAUUUCCCUAUCUUCCAUGACAUUUUUUGCCGAAUAAGAGUUACGGUAUAUUGAACGCCUUCUUCCCCAACUCCAACCUAGAAAA